GGGUCGAGUGAUGAUGCGAUGCUUUCAUGCGUUCACCUCUUCUUCCUGUGUUUGUUUUUUUUGUAGUUAAUUUGUCCUUUUUUUCGUUCGCAUUCCUUUCUGCGCAUUCACUCUCUCUCUCUCUCUGUGUCUGUCUUUCUGUCUACCUUUUUGUGUUUCUCUCUCUCUCUCUCUCUCUCUCUCUCACACACACACCCCUCCUUUUUCCUCCCUCCCUCCCUCCGUCUCUGUGCUCUCUCUUCAUUGCUAUCCGUGAGCUUCUCCUCUGUUUUUCUGCCUCAGUCCUGAAUCCACCUUUCUCUCUCUCUCUCUCUCUCCUCUCUCUCUCUGUCUUUUCCAGUCUUUUUUCUUUAUCAUCCUCCUUUUCCUCUUUCUUUCUCUCUCCACUCCCUCUCUUUCUCUCUCGUGCUUUUUUUGUUGUUGUUUUUGCUUUUUUUUUGUAACCUACAGGACUAAUCUGACAUGUUUCUGAUGACGUGCAGUGAUAAUCUGAAGAGCCUGCCGCUUCUGCAUUCCUGUCUGGUCGUAUUACCAUGAGCAAUUCCACUCCAUCCACAGCUAAUGGCAACGAGAGCACAAAGUAUAAAGGAGACCGACCGCCCUGUGGCCCCUCUCGUGUCCUUCACCUUCGCAAAGUUCCCAUUGAGGUGUCCGAGGCUGAGGUCAUCUCAUUAGGAAUCCCCUUCGGCAAAGUCACCAACCUGUUGAUGCUCAAAAGCAAAAACCAGGCUUUUAUAGAAAUGGCUUCUGAGGAAGCAGCGAUCACCAUGGUGAACUACUACACCACAGCGACGCCACACGUCCGUAACCAGCCCGUCUACAUCCAGUACUCCAACCACCGCGAGCUGAAGACAGACAACCUGCCCAACCAAGGGAGAACCCAGGCCACCCUGCAGGCCGUCAACGCCAUGCAUUCUGGGAACAUGACUCACUCGGCGUCGGCCGGCGACAGCAGCUUGAUGCCUGGUCAGAGUCCUGUCCUGCGCAUCAUCGUGGAAAAUCUCUUCUACCCGGUUUCUCUGGAAGUGCUUCACCAGAUCUUCUCGAAGUUUGGAACAGUCCUGAAGAUCAUCACGUUCACCAAGAAUAACCAGUUCCAGGCUUUGCUACAAUACGCAGAUCCCAUAAACGCGCAUCACGCCAAAAUGACUUUAGAUGGACAGAACAUUUAUAACGCCUGCUGCACGCUGCGUAUCGAGUUCUCCAAACUCACCAGCCUCAACGUCAAGUACAACAACGACAAGAGCCGAGACUUCACACGACUCGACCUGCCUUCAGGAGACGGACAGCCCACGCUGGAGCCCACCAUGACUGCAGCGUUCGGGGCUCCUGGGAUCAUCUCCUCACCCUAUGCUGGAGCGGCUGGUUUCGCUCCUGUUGGUUUCCCUCAGGCUGCAGGUCUCUCCAUGCAGGCGAUGCCCGGUGCUCUCGGACCCCUCACCAUCCCCGCAUCAGCUGUAGCCGGGCGGAUGGCCAUCCACGGCAUGCCCCCCACCGCCCUCCAUUCCGUUCUCCUCGUCUCCAACCUCAACCCUGACAGUAUAUCACCACACGGACUGUUCAUCUUAUUCGGAGUGUAUGGAGAUGUUCACAGAGUUAAGAUUCUGUUCAAUAAGAAGGAGAAUGCGUUGGUGCAGAUGGCGGAUGCGACGCAGGCCCAGCUCGCGAUGAGUCACCUGAACGGUCAGCGUCUGUAUGGCAGGGUGAUGCGCGUCACCAUCUCUAAACACCAGACGGUGCAGCUUCCCCGCGAGGGUCAGGAGGAUCAGGGCCUGACCAAAGACUUCAGCGGCAGCCCUCUGCAUCGCUUCAAAAAACCCGGCUCCAAAAACUUCCAGAACAUCUUCCCUCCAUCAGCUACGCUGCACCUCUCCAACAUCCCACCGUCUAUUGCGGACGACAUGCUGAAGGACCUGUUCUCUGGUUCAGGAUACACCGUUAAAGCUUUCAAAUUUUUCCAGAAGGACCGAAAGAUGGCGUUGAUCCAGCUCGGCUCGGUGGAGGAGGCCAUCCAGGCCCUGAUCGACCUCCAUAACUACGACCUGGGCGAGAACCACCACCUCCGAGUGUCCUUCUCCAAAUCCACCAUCUAGCAGCGUUCCCCUUCACGCUCCCUCAGCGCCGCCGCUGUUCUGUUCACGGGUUUAAAUCUGAGCGAGGAAGCCUGACUGACGAACUUCUGUAACUAAAGACAUGAUUUAAAAAAAAAACUUUAAUAAUGAAAAAUAGACAAAAAAAAACCAACAGAGACUUUGGGUAGUUUUAGAGAUUUUAGGGGUUUUAAAGUUAUACGGAGUUAAAGACUACUAUAUGACCUUCAGCUAGAGGUAAACUGAAGGUUGGUGUAUUUUAUUUUUUUUUAAGCUGGAGACGUGUGAACUUCUUCAGUUCCAUAGCGACGAAGUUCUCGUUUUGAUCUGUUUAUUCUCACAGCCAUCGCUGGGUGGUUUGAGCAGAACCGCAGCAGAAACUUCAGAACGCGAGAGAGAACGAUCUCUGUGACUUUGUUGGAGAAGUUUGGAGACGUUUCUGGACGUGUGGACGUGAAAAUGGAUGUUGAUGUGCCUGUAGUGCUAUUUAACUGUUAACGUUUCACCCAGGUGCUCCAUCCAGCCUUCAGAACUAGAGCCUCAUUGGAUAGGCCACGCCCUCUCUGAAUGUCCGUGAUGUCAUCACAAGGUGCCGCCGGGUAAAAAAAACCCUGUAGCGACGUUCCCUCACCAACGAGAGCUAUCUUUCACGUAGCAGUAAAGUGUCCGUGUGAUGGACGGGGAACAGUUCUGACAUUUCGUCAUUCGUGCUCGGGAUCUGCGAGAACAUCCUGAAAGAUUUUCUGUUCUCCUGUGAAAUGGGUUUCGUUUUAAGUUUGAUUUUAACUUAAACGUCAGACGGACGAGACUGUUGUGAAACCCGCGUCACCUGGUCUGGACCGCUUGGCCGCUCGCUCGCGUUCGGCCGAGACAUUUUUAUAGACGUAAUCGUGCACGAUCAUUCCAGGAAAGCACGUCCAGCUGUCAAUUAUGCUGGAACACUCCAAUCAUAGAGCCUGGCUGUCAGGAUGCCCCGCCUCCUGUCAUUUAAAUGUCAUUUUGAAUGUGAAUCAUGUAGCCCCCCCCCCCCCCCACCAGGAAUGAUGCAUUCUGGUUGCUGAUUAAUUCCCUCUCCAUUCGGUGUCCCUCUUGUAAUCAAAUGCUUUUCCUUUGACCUUUUAUUAUUGUUUUAUUUAAUUUGUUUUCUUUCCAGGUUUCAUACUCAAAAUCAGAACGAUCUGAUUCGAUGGAAGCUUUUCUCUCUCUCUCUCUCUCUCUCUCUCUCUCCCUCUCCUUCCUUGCUGUCCCACCUCCACACGUACAAAACCAAAAUAAGAAAAAGAAAAGUGAGAGGAAAAAAGAGAGCGUCUCUGUGGCACAGGGAGAAAAGCCGUUCCUACUGAAACGCUCCGGCUUUAAUAUCGUGUUCAUUGUGUGGUGAAAUGUGUUAGUGAAUUAAAUUAGGCCGUGGUUUCAGUCGGCGGGGGGAGGGGGGAGGGGUUUAUGAAAAGUUCUGGUUUGUAAAUUUUUAUAAAUAAACGAAGAGCGUCAUACUGUUCCUGGAGAGCCAUCAGCCUGUAGGGUUGCCAGGUCUGUGAUGUUUAAACUAUUUAUACCAAUGCGCUGUUGAAUUCUUCAAGCUGAUUGGUCAGAAGGUGUUGAUUAUUGUUUCUAUAGUAACGGUUAAUUCACAGGGACUUGUACAGCGGACGCCACAUGGAUUAAACGGCAGUGAAAAUAAAUGCAGUAGUUUUCUGUAAGGAGACUUUCUGUUUAUGUAACCGUUAUGGAAGGAGUCUCCAGCGUCAGCGUAACAGUUAGAGGUCACGCUGUGAGGUUUCCGAUGUUUUUGUUUGUUUGUUUUUACUUCAAGAGAAAGAGAAAAAAGAUGGCGAGGCCGGGUGAGGGAACGACUGUUUAUAGCUGCUAUAACGUAAAUAUUUCACAAACGUUAAAUGUAAUUAUAAACGCAUAAAAAGUAUGAGGAGGUCCUUUAAUAAAUCAGCACUGUAAUGGUUAGCAAAUAUUUUGUGGCGUAAGAUUUUCAGAUUUCGUCACACAGACCUGGCGACCAUUUCUCUCACCCACACCCUCAUCCACAGCGUCUGCUCCUGAUUUACACAGAACAUUGGAUCAGAUUAGAUAAAGAUCAGACUGCUGGUUCUCAGGACACAGGAUCAGACUCCUCCUCAAGCCUUAAAAUUCCCAUGGAGGGCCUCUAGGUGGCACUGCUCCUUUUCCUGAGCAAAUCCCUGGUUAUUUUCAGGCCAUGUUCCAUAAAAAGAGUGAUUUAUCAAAAAAAAAAAAAAAAAAUUCAAAUGAAAGUGAAAUGUAAUGCAGGGCAAGGGACAGUGUCUUGUCUUUGUUUUUCUUUUUCUUUCUUUCUUUCUUUUCGCUAGUUUUAAUUUUACCUGAAGCGAUCGAUUCCACCCUUCGCUGACACUUCUCAAAAGAAAUCCAAUUUUUCUUUGAAGUUUACAGUCUUACAUAAAGCAAAACUAUUCAGGUCUAUUUAUCUUUAACGAUUGUCAAGAUUUUUUGGAGAAAAAAAAAAAAAAGUUACUUAUUUUUGGUAAUUUGUUCUUUUUUAUGGAGAGAAACAAAACAACGGGGGGAAAAUAAAACACUCACCGGGUUUUUGUACCACUAUAAUCAUUAAUGACAUCAUGGUGAAAAGAAAAAAAACCUUCAUAUUUACUGUGUAUUUACUUCAUUUCCUUAUUAUGUGCCUUAUAAUGUGUUUAUAAUCAAAAUAGGUUUUAGAAAUAUUACCUAAGAUAUCUUAAGUACUAUUUUGUGCGAUUGGUGAGAGGGUUGAUUUUGUUGAUUUUUCGUUUUCUUGUAGUUUUUUUUUAGAUGUGUAUUUUUGUGGGGACUCAGUAUUGUGUGGUCUUUUUAUUCGAAUCAUAAAUUAAUGUUUGGUGCUUUGAAGGCACACUGGAGAAACGAGAACGAGCGGUUUGGUGUAAAAAUGCUUGGUGUUAUGCUGUGGGUCUCCUCCGUCGUGUGAGUGUGUGUGUGUGUGUGUGUGUGUGUGUGUGUGUGUGUGUGUGUGUGUGUGAGAGAGAGAGAGAGAGAGAGAGUGUUAAUGAAAAUCUCACCUCGUUGUCUCUGCAUGAUGAAAUGCUGUGAAAUGAAGAUCACGAAUCCGUGACGGUUCCCGUGCGAGGACGUUUAAUCCGUUUCUCUUUGAUUCUGAACCUUUUGUUCCUGAAAAUCACACUAUUUUAUUAAGAACCUGUUCAGCAUUCUAGAGUGUGUUCUUACAUUUAACAGUUGAGUGCAAAAGUUUGCAGAUCUUACCUUUUUUGGUAAAUGGGGGGGAAAUAAGGAAAAAAAAUCUAUAAAAUUUCCAAAAUGUUAAAAACGAAACACACAAAACAACAUAAAACAUCACAACUGUCUAAAGAGGAAUUUCCCCUGCUUCACUAUGAAUAUCUUACUCUUAACUUACACUUUCUGACCUCAUGGUGAAGGAAUGUGUGUAAAGCCCGAAACACUAAUGAAUAUGACCUCGAGUCUGAUUUAGUUCCGUCAGUAUUCACGCUGGGAAAGUCCCCGGUAUUCAGACUGGAGUUCCUCAGCUGAUCGAACUGGAAUUUCUGAGCUCCACGUUCAGGUUAUUCAAAUCACCUGCGUGUAGUUCACGCCUCCGCAGGCUUUCACGAUGCUCUUGAGUUAAACCGUCACGGGCUGAGAUUUUUACAUAUCAUCUGGACACAAACGCUUCACCAAACCUGAAAACCAUUAAUGAAGCUAGAAGAUAUUAAUGAUGGAAUCAUAACAUGGGCACAGGAUGUAGGCGAUUUUGAUCUUGAUUUAAUAAUAAGGUCAGAUUUGAUGCACUCUGUCCUGUAAAGAAAACGUGUUUACGGUGUGAAGGAUAAUCUGACCAAGCGCUCAUCCAUUGCUCAGCAUUUUAUCCAUAGAUAAUCCACAUCUCUGACCAAGACGCCUCUCCUCUGAGGUUCUCUGUGUGGACUUUUUUGUGGACUUUAAAGUGACUGACUAAUUCGUUGUGUCAUAUUUAUGAAUCUAAUAUCUGCUUUAAAUGGUGUGUUGGAGUGUUACAGCCAAAACGUAUUGUGGUUUCAUCAAACAGUCAGACGGUGGCGCUGGACUUGCGCUCAGAAUCGAGUGUAACUGAGACACGCCCCUGUUUUAGAUAAGCUCCGCCCCUGAGUGCGUAACUCUUGCCUGACUUCUGAAAAUCUGUAGUUACCUCUGAGGUGUAACUUGAUAUAAAUACGUGAUUAAAUCCUCACGGCGUGCUUUUGCUCCACUCGUAAAUAAAUUUGCUGUAGGCUACAUUACGAUCAUAAGGGUGCGCAAACUUUUGCAUUCAACUGUAUAUUGGCCUAAUACGUGGUCUUGAUUACAUAAAAACAUGAUGUGACCGGAUUAUAUUACAUUUUCUGUGAUCGUGCGUUAAGGGCAGUGACGUUGAGGUUUCGGAUCCUGUAGAUGACGGUGCGCGACAGUGCGUGUCAUUUCCUGUGUAAAAAAAACAAACUAAUUCAUCUGAGAUGAGUUCAUCUGUGUCUGGAGAAUCCCAAAGCAUCGAGCGGCGAAUUUCUGAUGUUUCUGAGCAGAAUGAUCUGAGAUUUCAACUGUGUGUGUGUGUGUGUGUGUGUGUGUGUGUGUGUGUGUGUUGGACUUCUUAUUUACUGUAUCUUAUAAUCAGAUUGAUUUUAGGGGGUGUGGCCUGUUUUGUGCUCUGUAGUGAUUUUUUUUUUCUUCUUUAUAUAUUUUUUCCCUCUUAUUUGUAAGGAUGUGAAACUGGAUAAAGGUGGAUGUGUGUGUGUGUGUGUGUGUGUGUGUGUGUGUGUGUGAGAGAGAGUGAAUGAGAAGGAAAAAGCUCGGUCGGUGGUGGUGUGAGAGGCGUGACGCUGUAUCUGUAAAAGCUUUUCAUUUACAAACAGGAGAAAAAGCCAGAUUUUUAACAUGGCACUAAAAAGCAGUUCGCUCUGAUUCUGAUGAUUUUCUCUCCAUCACACAUUCGCGUCUUUUUCAUUUUAAUUUGAAUGUUUUCUCACAGCUCAUUUUCAGUCCUGUCUUUCGACUCAGGCAACAUCGUCCCGCCGCGACGUCAGACACGUUCCUCUUCAAAUCCGCCUUGCGUUCGUUUUUGUUUUUUAUCGGAUUUAUAUUGAAAUUAAACACACAAAUAACGCAGGACCAAAGUUUACGUGCCUUUCAUCCAUCUCUUGAGCUUAUUUGUAACUUUCUUCCUGGAUGUACAUCAGAAAUCAGAACUAACGUGUGUGUGUGUGUGUGUGUGUGUGUGUGUGUGUGCUUUUUGUUUUCUUUUUGCAUUGUUCUUGCAAUUCCACUUAAGUGUCUUUUUUAUUUUGUUUUUUUUUUAAAGAAUCUAUUUCCCCUCAAACAGAAGGUGAAGCCAUAUAACACAUCAGAAUAUCAUAAUCUCAAAUAAUCCCCGUCAUUAACGAGUUCCUGCACCGAUGCUGAAUGUUUCUUACGUCAUUUCAUGAAAUCGACCUUUUAUUAUUAUUAUUAUUAUUAUUAUUAUUAUUAUUAUCAUCAUCAUCAUCAUUAAGGCCUCGUUCAAUACAGCUGAGAUUUACAUUAGAACAAAAAGAACCAUAAACGAUUUUCAUCUCAUCUUUACACAAAUUUAAUUAUGAAAGCUUUAUUAUUACCAAAGGAAUUUGACUCUAAUUGGACUCAUUUAGACGUUAAGUUCUGAAACGCCAUAAACAAGAAAAUGACAUUUUUCUAAAUAAUUCGAUUACGGGUGCGACGGAUAUUUUUGUGCUCUUACUCCAAAACCUCAGCCGUUUUUGUGGGUGGAAUAUUUCCGAAUCAACAUGACGUGCCGUAGACGGGAUCUCGUUAGUGAUGAAUAUUAAUGAACGAAUAAAUAAUGAGAACUGUUUGUUGGAUGGAUCACGGGUGUGGAAUUGAGGGGAAAACGCACGCAAGUUUAUUCACAUGCAAAAAGUGACUUCUGUUGCACUCGAGGACGGUUUUAAGCUGUUUCCAAGCUUAAAGUUUUAGCCAUCUGGACUUUUUUUCGUUUCUCUUUAAACAAUCUGGGCUAGAAGUUUUCCUUACUGAAACUGUAAGUUAUUUUGCAUUGCAGGGAGGGACGUAAAAAACUCCACUCGACUCAGGCACGACGCACAUACAGAAAGUGCCUGCAUCCGACCUCACGAUCCUCCCUCACGAUCCUCCCUCGCCUUGAAACGCCCCGGUUUAUAACUCCUAUUAAUAUUAACAUUAAUAUGAAUGUUCCACUACCAAAACAAACAAGUGCUUGUAAAUAUGUGCUCCCGUUUUUGUUUGGUUUGUUUUGUUUAAACCUGGCCAAAAAAAAAGAAAAAAAUCCACAAAAAUUCUAAGGUUUCUGGGAACAAGAUAAAACGCAUCAGUUGAUACGAACUGGUUUUUAUAUUUAUGAAAAUUCAACAGUUUUUUUGUUUUGUUUUUUUUGUCUUCUGUAUUUUGAUACCGCAGAAGGACCAGCUUUUUAUUUGUAAAAGUCGUCUAUGUGACGUUUGUGAGUUAAACCAUGGAGAGACGAGCGGAUUCAGUUUAUGAGUUUGAUGUAAUAAAAUG